AAUUUCGCUUCAAACUUCAAAGCGGACGACCAAACUGAACUGGCGGUUAAUCGAGCUAUCAGUUAACCACUAAAUUCCAUUUGGUUUCAGUUCUACAAUUCCCCUUCGGCCCCUCCGACGGAAGCGUAAAAAGGAUAUUCUCCGACCUUUACCUCCAACCAAACGAAGCUAAAUGAAACCGGCAAUCGCGAGUUCUGAAGGCAUUAUUCAGUAUCGUAAAAGCUCAAGGAAGAGUCCAAACCGCCGCCUGAGUUGCAAUUAUACACAACCUGAAAUUAUUAUUAGCGGAUGGCAGAGCUAGCUGUUCCUUUGAAGCUGCGAAUUGGGAUGAAUCGAUGAGCUCAGACACUCAUACGAAGAACCCCUUCACAUGCCCCAAAACCCACCCCUCCAAAAUCAGAUUGCCUUCUGAGUUUGUCUUCUUCCCGGCUGGCGAGUUCCAUGCUCCCACAUGAUUAUUAUUGCCUUUAAAUGGCCAACGACCGCAAGUCCUUUCAUUCUUCCUCUGUUUGCACUUGCAAUGGCCGCAGAACCAAACAAUAAGUUGGUUGCGUGUGUAAAAUAGUGAGACGGUCGAUGUUGUAAGGAAGCAAAAUGGGCUUUUUUGGGGGGGAGGAGGUUGCCGAUGGAUGGCUUUUUGUUUUGACUUUCACCUUUUGCCGUGUUAUCCUAGCUUACUCCAUCCCUUUCUUCCUCUUCUUGUUCUUCAUCUUUUCUUGCUUCAUUCGAAGUCCUAACAGGACAAAAGGACAGAAAGGAUUGGAGCUAGAGAAAACGGGUCCUUUUCUUCACUAAGUAGCCAUCUUCAACGCUUAAAAAAAUAAUCAAAUAGCUAUAUGAGUCCUAUAAUCGAAGAAGAAGAAGAAGAAGAAGAAGAAGAAGAAGAAUGCUAGUUUUACCAAUAUCUAGCACUAAUCACCAUGGUCUUCAUUUCCCACUUCAAUUUUCUCUCCAUCAGCACAUUCAUUACUCUAAUUGUUCAGCUGCUACGAGUAGAAUUAGGAUUACUGAUUCUCACAGGCCUCCGACCCACCACAGGCCUCCGACCCACAGUCAUGGCAUCCGGGGAAUUCUUCGUAUGCGCUUUUCCUCUGUUGUCACGACCAGUAAUCGAAGGAGAAGUGGGAGGAAGACUAGCAGAAGGCGGUUUCCGGUGUUUUCGGCUGGAAGCUUGGAGAGAUUCACUGAACGAUCAAUUAAGGUGGUUAUUUAUUCCCAAAGAGAAGCCAAAGCACUUGGCCAGGAAAUGGUAUUUACCCCACAUCUUUUGCUGGGUUUGAUUGCUGAGGAUGAGGAGCGCCGUCAUUCUCGCAGCGAUGACCAUGAUGGCUUUCUUGGAUCCAGCAUCAACCUCCACAAGGCACGCAAAGCUGUUUGCGCUGUUUUGCACUGUGAUCAAGAUAGUAUUACUCCCACUAACAGCAGUGAGAGUAGCACUAGUACUUCUAUUAAUACCCCUACCACUACAAGUACAACUGCUUUUCUCCCCUUUUCCACAAGCACAAAGCGCGUGUUUGAGGCUGCCAUUGAAUACUCCAGAGCGAUAUCUCAUCAUUUCAUCUCCCCAGAGCACAUAUCCUUUGCCCUUUUCACCAUUGAUGACGAUGGAAGAAACGUCCUUAACAAAUUGGGAGCAAGUGUAAACCAGUUGGUAGCUGUGGCAGUUUCCAGACUUCAAGAGGAGCUUGCCAAAGAUGGCAGGGAUUCAUCUAUUGCAUCCCAAAGGAUGCGUGCGAAAUCCUUACCUAGAAAAGCUGCUUCUGUACAAUUCCCUGAAAAAAUAAGUGAGAGUAGUGCUUUAGCACAGUUCUGUGUUGAUCUUACUGCCCGUGCAAGUGAAGGACUCAUAGAUCCUGUUAUUGGCCGAGAAACUGAAUAUCAAAGGAUUGUUCAGAUACUUUGCCGCAGAACCAAAAAUAACCCUAUUCUUCUCGGUGAAAGUGGGGUUGGAAAAACUGCCAUUGCUGAAGGACUGGCAAUUGGCAUUGCACAGGCACAUGUUCCUGCCUUUCUAUUGGAAAAACGUGUAUUUUCCUUGGAUAUAGCACUGCUAAUGGCUGGUGCGAAGGAGAGGGGAGAACUGGAGGCACGUGUGACUUCAUUAGUCAGUGAAAUACUGAAAUCAGGUGAUGUCAUUCUUUUUAUUGAUGAAGCUCAUGUGCUUCUCGAAUCCAGAACAGUUGAACGAGGAAAUAAAGGGUCUGGUCUUGACAUUGCCAAUCUAUUGAAACCAGCACUUGCGAGGAGUCAAGUACAGUGCAUUGCGUCGACUACUGUAGAUGAAUACAGGAUGCAUUUUGAGAAGGACAAAGCAUUAGCAAGAAGAUUUCAGCCUGUGUGGAUUAAUGAGCCUAGCCAGGAUGAUGCAGUAAGGAUAUUGUUAGGUCUUCGUGAGAAAUAUGAGGCCCAUCACAACUGCAGAUUCACACUUGAAGCCAUUGGUGCAUCUGUUCAACUGUCAGCCAAGUAUAUAUCUGAUAGGUAUCUUCCUGAUAAAGCCAUUGAUCUCAUUGAUGAGGCAGGAAGUAGAGCUCGUAUCAAAGCUUUCAUGAAGAGAAGGGAACAGCAAAGAUAUAUACUUUCAAAGUCACCAAAUGAUUACUGGCAAGAAAUUAGAACUGUUCAAGUCAUGCAUGAGGUGCUCCUGGCAAGUAAGAAGGAGUACGAUGUUUGUUCUAGCAAGGAUGAUACCACUGAACUUGUUUCAAUGUUCCCUUCGCCUUCUGCAUUAAAUGAUGACGAACCUCAGGUGGUGGUACCAGAUGAUAUUGCAGCAGUUGCUUCACUUGCAUCUGGGAUUCCAGUUCAGCAACUUGCUAUGGAUGAAAGAAGGCUUCUGUUGGGCCUUGAUGAGCAACUUAGGAAACGAGUUGUUGGUCAAGAUGAGGCUGUUGCCACUAUUUCUCGAGCGAUCAGGAGAUUCCGAGUUGGAAUCAAUGAUCCUAAGAGGCCAAUGGCAGUAAUGCUCUUUUGUGGUCCAACAGGGGUUGGGAAAACUGAACUGACAAAGGCUUUGGCAGCAUGCUAUUUCGGAUCGGAGACAGCCAUGAUAAGAUUGGACAUGAGUGAAUAUAUGGAGCGGCAGUCCAUUAGUAGAUUAAUAGGGUCACCUCCAGGUUAUGUUGGCUUUGGAGAGGGAGGGAUUCUGACUGAAGCUAUUAGAAGACGGCCUUUUGCAGUUGUAGUGAUAGAUGAAAUAGAGAAAGCUCAUCCAGAUAUUUUCAACAUCCUCCUCCAAAUGUUUGAAGAUGGACACCUUACUGAUUCUGAGGGAAGAAGAGUAUCAUUUAAGAAUGCGUUGGUAGUGAUGACUUCAAAUGUAGGUUCUGAUGCCAUCGCUAAGAGGAGAUGCAACUCCUUUGGUUUCUUGAUUGCGGAUGAUAAGUCAACUUCAUAUUCUGGAAUGAGAACUAUUGUAAUGGAAGAACUCAAGGCAUAUUUUCGCCCAGAGUUGCUCAACAGAAUAGAUGAAAUUGUUGUCUUCCAUCCCCUUGAAAAGGCUCAGAUGCUCCAAAUUUUGAACUUGAUGCUGCAAGAGGUGAAAGAGAAACUUGUAUCUCUUGGGAUUUCAUUUGUUGUAUCCGAAUCAGUGAAAUAUCUUAUAUGCGAAAAAGGCUGCAACCCGACCUAUGGUGCUCGGCCUCUUAGGAGAGCAGUCAAUAGAAUAAUUGAGGAUCUGUUGAGUGAAGCUAUCCUUUCUGGAGAGUGUAUGCCGGGGGACACUGUCACCAUUGAUUUGGAUGCUUCAGGAAACCCAUUCAUUGUAAAUCAGUCAUCUUGUCUGAUACCGCAUCCUUCAUGCGAUUCAUCUUUAUAAUUUCCUUGAUUUAACAACCUUUCUUUACAGGCAUAUGUACAUUCUUUGUGUCAAGUGUAGGUUUUAGUUGUGAUAUUGGUUCCAGUGUAUAGUUGUGAUAUUGGUUAGCGUAAAUAACAUCCAUAUUUCACAUAAAAAUUGAGAGUAUGGAGUUAAAGCAAAAAAGACUUGCUAGUGCAAAAGAUGCUUCUUGAUACAGAUAUAAUAUUGAUGAAAAACAGUAAAUCAAUUUCACCUUCAA